CCUGGCCCACAGCCCCUCCCUGGCAGGUACUCCCCGGCCUAGCUCAGCUCAGCUACAUCCGGCUUGUAUGACCGGACCGAGCGGCUGCACAGUGUGAGCUCAGCCAGCCGGACAGCGCGGGGCGCCCGGCCAUGGUUAGGCCCUGAUUGACUCCUAUAUCAUGGCGGGCGGCGGGAAGAAGAAGCAGGUCCGCUUCGCUCGGGCGGCGGAUGUGGAGAGGGCCGAGGAGGAGGAGGACACGCUGUUUGAGAAGCGGCCGGCGGGACUGAGAACUGCGGACGGAAUGGAGCCGGAGAGCGACCGGAGGAGAACCAUGGAGGACGAAGUGGUGCUGGUCGGACGGAAGGACCGGAGAGGAGAUCGCUGUGUGCUGGGGGACGUACGGUGCUGUGUGACCACGGUCAUGUGUGCUGCCUUCCUGGGGCUGGGAAUGGCUAUUGCUGUGUUGGGGCCUACUUUCCCAGACCUGGCAGAAAAUGUGGGUAGCAAUGUUCCUAACAUUUCCUACAUUUUUGUGGGCCGCUCAUGUGGCUAUCUCGGUGGAUCAAUUUUAGGAGGCAUCCUUUUUGAACACGUGAACCAGCACCUCCUGAUAGGAGUUGCCUUGCUAGCGACAGCUGUUGGCCUCUAUGUAGUACCAUGGUGUAGAAGGGCAGUGCUGCUAACUGCUGUCAUGUCAAUUGUGGGCAUGUCCAUGGGAUUUCUAGACACUGGUGGCAACAUUGUCAUUAUGAACACCUGGGGAGACCAGUCUGGGCCGCAUGUGCAAGCCUUACAUUUCAGUUUUGCUUUGGGAGCUUUUGUUGCUCCAAUCUUGGCCAAGGUGGUCCUGGAAAACCUGCCAUUGGACAGUAGUGCUUUACACAGUGAUUCGGGCAUCUCUAGUCAGGCCAAGCAUUCUCAUGAUCAAUCCAAUAUGCCUCUGGGAAUAAAAAAGGCCAUGCUAUCUUAUAUUGUAAUUGGAACAUAUAUUUUGCUGGUGUCUUUAUUUCUAUUUAUCCUGUAUGCAAAAAGUCGACCUAAGCAAGAAUCAGAAAAGGCUUCUGAUGAGAAAACUCGGACAGCCAAAUACCACAAUGCCCUUAUUUUUCUUCUGUUCUUGUUUUUUUUCGCCUACGUUGGAGCUGAGGUUGCAUAUGGUUCUUAUAUAUUCACAUAUGCCACCACUUUCACUUCUGUAAAUAUGGACCCUGACAAGGCUGCAGGAUUGAAUUCUGUGUUCUGGGGAGUGUUUGCUGCUGUACGGGGACUGGCCAUUUGCUUUGCAACUUGCUUAUACCCUGGUACCAUGCUGCUUCUCAGUGUUAUUGGCUGUUGUGUAUCAACCUUGUGUUUAGUUCUUUUUAAUACAAACCAAAUUGUGCUGUGGAUUGGAAGUGCUCUCUAUGGAGCCUCAAUGGCUACUACUUUCCCUAGUGGAUUUUCCUGGGUUCAACAGUACACCACCAUCAGUGGAAAGUCUGCUUCCAUAUUUGUUGUUGGAGCAGCUCUUGGAGAAAUGGCCAUUCCCGCAUCUGUGGGUUAUUUGCAGGGAAUGUUUUCUGACUUUCCUGUGCUUAUGUAUACUACUUUGAUUUCGUCCACCGUGACAGCUGUCUUGUUUCCAGUGAUGUACAAACUAGCCACUUCUCCACGAGACCAGACCAGAUGGAAUGAAGUGGACAGCGAAGACCGUAAAGCGUUGCUUUCAAGCUCUGGUCUUGAGGAGGAAGAGGAAGAGGAGGAGGAAGCCAGACAUUGGAAUGAGGCAGACUUUGAAGCUGUUGAAAUGAAUGACAGAAGUACGAGUUCUAGCAAUGAGAUACUGGAAGAAACUCUUGAGGUGACUCUCACCAUGGAAGUCAACAACCAGGCACACGCACUGGAAGCUAAUGGGACAGAAACGGACUUGAUAGCUAAUGAUUCUCCCUCCAAAAUGUUACUAAAUUCCAACAGAGAGAAAAAAGAUUAGACAAUGAUAACAGUAAUGUUAAAUCGUAUAUUUUAAAGCAGAAAAUUACUUAAAAGUAAUGCUGAUUUUUUUUGUUUAUGGAAGCAAAUUUUUAUUUUUACUCUUCGAAAAAUAAAAGUGAAAAAAAGCUGCAUGGCAUUUUUUUUUCUUUGCCUUGAAGCUUUUUCUCACUCCUGAUCCC